UUGCUCAGGCACCAGCGUGGACAGCCGCCGUCGGGAGAGGAACGUCACAGGCGGGCCUUCGGGAAGCAGGAAACCGGAAGCGGCUUGACCGGAGAGGUGACGUGUUAGCGCGCGCUCAAGGAGUCCACUCUCUGGGCCGGUGAGCGGCCGCUAUGGAGGCGCUUUAUCACCAGACCAACAAGCAGGUUCAUGAGGUCCAGUCAUACAUGGGACACCUGGAGACUUCAGACAAGCAGUCAGUGCAUUUGGUAGAAAAUGAAAUUCAGGCACGAAUAGACAGGAUCUUUAGUAACCUGGAACGGUUGGAAAUCUUUUGCAACAAAGAACCUCCCAGCAAGCGACAGAAUGCCAAACUCCGAGUUGACCAGUUGAAAUACGACAUCCAGCAUCUGCAGACGGCACUGAGGAACUUCCAGCAUAGACGCUACACACGGGAGCAGCAAGAGAGACAGCGCGAGGAGCUUCUGGCCCGGACAUUCACCACUAACGAUUCUGACACAACCAUCCCGAUUGAUGAAACAUUACAGUUUAACGAGUCCCUUCAAAAUGCACACCGUGGCAUGGAUGAUCUUAUUGGCAGCGGAACCAGCAUCCUACAUGGCCUGAGGGAUCAGAGAGUGACAUUAAAGGGCACUCACAAGAAGAUCCUGGAUGUUGCCAACAUGUUGGGCUUGUCCAACACAGUCAUGCGCCUCAUUGAGAAACGUGCCUUCCAGGAUAAGUACUUUAUGAUCGGAGGCAUGCUGGUGACAUGUGUGCUCAUGUUCCUCAUAGUGCAGUAUCUGACAUGAGCGGCCAGAGAACUGUGACAGACUGCCUUUCUGCAUUGACUUCCGACUGAACUGGGAACCUUCUGCCUUCUGGAUUGGUCAUCUUCUGAAUCUGACUCAAAUGAUGUACAAAUGUGGCAGCUUAUGUGGGCUGUGACACUUGCUGCGGAGUGGUGCAUAUUAAGCCAUGUGGCUGAAGGUCCUUCAGUUGUGUGGCGGACAUAUUACCCAUGUGACACUUGGAUUUGGUGGGUUACAUGUUGGUUCUUUGAAGCUCAUGUAAAUGGCACAUGUGGCCAUGUAACUCCAGUAUAAUCAUGACGGGGGCUCUGCAAGAACCAGGUGUGCAGUCAUUGGAACUACUACAGACCCCCGCAAAAGCUACUACUGGCCUUGGUGUUCUUAACAGCCUGGUUACAUCCAAUGGCAGGGUAAACUGAGAGAACAAAACAGCUGUGCUAGUGGUUCUAUUGGCUUGAUUGUAUUUAGAGGGCUGAGGGCUGGGUGGGCAGGAAGAAUGUAUUGUUUCCCACAACUAUUGGAAGUAAAUAGACUUUCCCAUAUUCCAUGUGCUGAAGAGACCUCCUUUUCCUGCUAGCCAUGGAUUCUGUGUCUGCGGGAUAAGCAGGAGCAGAUCAUGAAGACUGGGUUAAUUAAAGUAGAGUAACCCGUUUUCAACCAAGUAAUCGUGAUGAGUGGAUUCAGGCCCCUUGGUGCAAUGGAUGGUGGUGUCAUGCCCUUGUUUGUGGCAUCUGGCUAACCCUUUAUCCCGUGACAAAAGGCUUGUGAGCAGGAGCAGGCACAUGCGUCUCUGGGAGAUAGGCAGCCUGCCUACCAUUUGGAGGUGUAGCCCUUUUGCAAAGAUCCUGUUGUAAUUGAGGCGGUUAGUUCUCUACAUAGCUGUAGUGGUUGUAGUAAGAUGUGGCAUCUAGCACAGCAGCGAAAGAUUUGAGAAUUCAAGCUUUCACUUUUGAAAAGAACUUUCUAGUCCUUGUGGAUAAGAAGGUGACGCAUAAAAAGGUGAGGCAGGAUUGAAUGACUCUUGAGACUAGAGCAUGCUGUCUGAGGGAGAGGCUGACCUACUGCUGAAUAGCUAUGGCUACAGUCCUAUAUGCACUUCAGUGGGAUUUACUGCCACAACGUAUCGGGGCUUACUUCUGACAAAGUGUGCAUAAUAUUGUGCUGCUGUUUCUGCUUCUGAGAGGAGCAGUUUCUUGAUCCUUUGCCUAUAUGUCAUGAAUCUCAUUUCUCCUUCCUAUCUCACAAUAAGGCAGUAGAACCCUGCUUGCUUGUAGGUAAAGAUUGUGCCGUUGAGUUGGUGUCAACUCCUGGCAACCACAGAGCCCUGUGUUUUUCUUUGGUAGAAUACAGGAGGGGUUUCCCGUUGCCUCCUCCUGCACAGUAUGAGAUGAUGCUUUUCAGCAUCUUCCUAUAUUGCUACUGCCUGAUUUAGAUGUUUCCCCUAGUCUGAGAAACAUACCAGCGGGGAUUCGAACUAACAGCCUCUUGUAGUAGGUAGAGGUAAAUGGGCACAGCUGUAUCCCUGCAAGAUGUACAGCAAACUCCACAGCAAGUAAGAUGUUCUCCAUAAUCUCUGCAGGAACCCUGAAGAGACGACGCAGACGUACUCCGGUUUCUGUAAAUAGCGGGUGUAUUCUAUUUUAGUUGCAGAUCUGAGAGUUUCCCGAUUGUGAAAUGUACUGCAGAAUCCUGCUUAAUUGUUGUGUUAUCAAGGCUGCAGUUUGAAGCCGUGGCACAGAACAGCAGCUUUCUGCCUUGUGCUGAAAUACACAUCACAAUGCCACGUACAAGUUGCUAUCUGGGCCUGUUCCGUUAUCAUUUCUUAUUUGUUUGAUUCUUGUUCCAUUCAGACUGAUAUGAGUGGUGUUUCAGUUGGUUUAAGCAGAUUAAGAACACUUCCAAAAUAGCCAAGGUAAACGUUCAGCUUAGCAGUUGUGGUUUCACUCUGCUCUUUCUUGCUUGCUUUUUUCCUCGGGCGUUUUUCAGCAUAUUGUCUCCCUAAAGUUCUGGAACCUUUCUAGUUUUUCUUACAUAAACUCCUUAUUGCUUUCUACAUACAAAAAACUAGAAAACCGAUCUUGACAACUCCGUAAACAUUUAAGGCACAGGGCCGGUUCCCCUUGACGAUUCAACUAUUUAAAUUUUGAUCACUGUAUUUAUCCGUUUUGCCUACUUGUUAUACAUAUGGAAAGAGAACUGUAACUUCCUGCUAACAGUUAAACAGCUAUGCAGCUGUUUAAAGACCACUUACUGUCGUCUUAGGGCCUCAGGAAUCUGUUGUAAAACUUGCUGACUCAUUAUCAGAUUGGUCAUUGAGCAUUCUCUUGUACUCAUUUUUAAGGCAUUGAAGCCAAUAUUUUGGCCCAUAAGGCCAUCUAAUGGGCAGAAAUCGAUGGGAGUCAAACCUCCCUUUUCAGUAGUCAUCUUGUGAGAGGGAAAUGCUGAAACAUGGAGAAUGGAGGGCUACUAUUACAGACAACCAGAACCUUGAAAAAGUAGACUGGUAUUAAGUGUAUUGUCUUUGUUUUAUGUUUCUACGUGUUAAUUUUGGAAUUAUAGUAUGUGUCUGAGUUCUUGGAGUGGACACAGGGAGUUUAGGAGUACUGUCUGACACCCCAUAGAUGGCCAUGAAUUUGGAUAUUUCACCAAAAUAACUUUGUAUGAACUGGCCUGUUUCAGGAAUAGAUCACUUGGUCACUGCUAUUGUGGGAUCCUUCUGUGGGACGCCACUUUCUGAGGAGCCUUGUGAGGCUUUCAUCUCUUAUCUCUUCUAUCUCUGCACUGAAGCUAGUAUACUUGUACGUACUUUCAGCACAGCUCUUUCAUGGUGGCUUCCAAGGUGUUCCUUUUUAAUUUCUCUUUUGCUGUGAUCUCCUCAACCUUCUGCCUGUUGCUUAAUGCCUGCAAUAUUCAAGAAUCUGCCUUUUUGUUUUUCCACAUCCUUGUGUAAUGUGCAGAGCUUGAACAUUUUCUUUCUUCAGCAGUUACUUCAUCUAAUUUUUAAAAAGCUAGUUCUCAAACUGGGAACAUUUUGCCAACAUUUCAUCAAGGGCCUAAUUUUCUUGAUUUCCCCACUUCAACUCCCUUCAAUAAUCACAAUAAACUCCAUUGCAGAUUCACUGUUACCAACAGCAUGAAGUUCACCUGUUUCCUGCUUGUCCCUCCCUUCCGUAAUCAGAAGGGCUAUUUAGAGAAAGUCAGAUUCUGAAUCUUCUUGGCUUGACCUUUUGCGUUGUCUGUGAACAAUACUGGAGCUUGUAUUUGGCCACUCCCUGUCUUGUCUUAUACACUCUAAUUCUUAUCUUCUUUUCCUUUUUUUCUUAAUGGACCAAAUGCUCUAUUUAAGAGGAGAUAUAUUGUUGAGGAAUUUGCUAGACAUCCAUAUGCCUACUGUCAUUCCAGAAAUUCCUGCGUUGCCUUUCAAUGGAAUUAAACUUAAUUGGUUCAAGCCAGUACAGGAUACAUUAAGACAUUUUGUGAUUUGAUGCCUCUGCUGUGGUCCAGUGAGGUCAGAAAGCAUCUCAUUACCCCCAUCCCUCCUGGGAAUCUUAGGUGCUGCCACAGGCAUGGUAUCCCAUGUUGUCAAAAUGUCCCUUACUAUAACUGAGUGACUGGCAGCUGGCCACCACUUUUAUGGUCAGGGAAGAACUGUCCUCCCAGUCAUACGUGGGCUACUAGGCUUUGGUGGAUUUUUGCGAUUACCUGCAGUGUUGGUUCACUUGUUUGUGAUCACACAGUGCUUUUAACAUAGAAUUAGUUUUUAACAUAGGAUUCUAAACAUGUUAAAAAAGAAAAAUUUAGCUCUGUAGGUUGUGGGGGGGGAAACACAAUGAGAAUAAGUGAACUUGUUCAAGCGCCCCAUGAGAACAAUUUGUACUGAAAAUAAGGGGGUCCAAGAGUUUGGGAUACUGAGCACAGAUGUUUGGUCUUUCUAAACAAUAUUUGGCCAAACCACAAAUCUCUCUUCCGAGAGAGAAUUCCACGAACUCCCCCCAGAUUACAGGCGAUAGGCAAGAAAUAGUUGCAGCCAUGUCAUGGAGUGCCCCUGAACAUUCAGGUUUGAGGAUCAUAAUUGGGAUUACUUCACGAAAGUGUGUCAGAAGUGGAGACACUUGGCACUCUCUUUUUUUUCUUCUUCCUGCCCCGCCUUCCCCAUUUCUAGCUUCUAAGAUUGCAGAAAGAGCAACUGGACUCUUGAUUUUUCACCCAUUGAAAUGAUGUAUACGUGGCUUUUGGAUGGGAUCCAAAAGCCACGAAGUCCAACACCAUAACUUACUCCAGCUCAGCCUGUAAAGUCCAGAACACAGUGUACCUUGGCCAAGGCUAGGGAUGCUGCUGGAAAUAAUGCUGCAGAGCACAUUGCUCCAGGCAACUCAAGCAAAUGACCCAACACUGCAGGUAACUGUGAAAACCCAUCAAACCCUGAAGCCCACAUCCGACCUGGAGGACAGUUCUUCCCUGACCAUAAAAGUGGUGGCAAGUUACCGUCUAGUCGUUAUAAGGGACAUUUUGGCAAAAUGAAGAUGCCAUGCCCCUGAACUUCCUGCAGUGGCAGCAAUGAAGUAUCCCCAAGAGGAAUGAGGGGCGAUGAGAUGCUUUCUGACCUCACUGGACCACAGCAGAGGCAUCAGAUCACAAGAUCUCUCAGUGUAUCCUGUACUGGCUUGAACCAAUUAAGUUUAAUUCCAUUGAAAGGCAGCUCAGGAAUUCCUGGAGUCCUUAGUGCUUUAUGCAGCCAGCAAAAUCAAUGAGUAAUGAGGCAAUACCAAAUAGUUAAUAAUUUCCCCAUUGGGCUCUGUGCCAGGAGUUUUCUAGGCUGCUGACGCCAUGGAACCACAGUUUAUCGUGCAUAGUUCUAGGUUCAAUAGAUUCAGAACACAAAAGGACACCCCUCUAAUGCUGUUUAAACACACUGUGUUGGAGUAACCUGGAGAGCUUUUUUUGUUUUUGUUUUUUAAACUUGCUUCCUCUUCAAAUGGUUGUGGUUCUUCCAAGAGAAUGCAGUGAGCAUCUCAAAGCAGUUUUGUGGACAAGGACUGCCCUCUAGUGGUGGUGAAUAUACCCCCAUCAUAAAAUGUUCCAAUUCUGCUUUCUCCAUUUCCAAGGGAAUCUAAAUAAACCUUGUGCUAGAGACCCCACUCCUUAUUCACAGGCAAAUAUAAACUAUACUUACUCAGCACACCACAAAAACAGUUGAUGGUGGAGACAAAUUUUAAUUAUGGUGACUAGCAGGGAAAUCUUCCGGUAUUGUUCACUCCAUGAGUAACAUGUUUUAAAAGCUUUUGGCAACACAGGGAGGCAGAGAGUGCCUCUUUCAAAAUGACUCCAUGCCAUGGGGUAGAGGAUAACACACACGUGUGCGUGCACACACACAAAACUAUCCACUCUGCUGUAAAACCCUCUUGCCAGGCAGUGGGUUCAAAAGUGGCAUGCUUGCUUUGCUGCUUUGGAAGCAGGAAGUGAGAAAGGCAAGCCUUGCUGGCCACUAGAAUCAGUAGAUGGCUACCAAGCCAACGUCAGUAGACCCGUGUGUACUAAUUUAAAACUGCAUUAAGUAAUUCUAUUGCAUAUAGAUUAUAAGGCUAGACAGAAGUAUUAUGGUGGGUUGUGUUGGUAAUAGAAGAGUUUUCAUCAGCAUGAUGCAAAAGGCGACCUUUUAAGGUUGGCUUAAAUACAAAUAAUUUCCAAAUAAAUUCAUGGACUGGG